UCUAAGCAUCAAAACAUCGGCAAAAAUAAAAAUAGAGCCAGAAAAAAAGAAGAAAACAUAACUGCAGCAGCAGAAGAAAGAAGAAGAAGCAGAAAACCGAGUUAGGUUUCGAAAUGUCUCUGAGUACUAAGCCUCAUUUCCAAGCAGAGGAAGAUGAAAUAACAAAACAGGGUGAUAGUUACAUCCUCAAACCACGGGGACUUAGCAUUGUAUGGGGCAAUGUUGAACACUACUGGAAAUUACCUAAGAAGCUAUCCAAAGGUGACUCUAAUGACCCUGCGGAGCUGAAACAGGUUUCUUGGCUAGAAGUAACCGGCUCAGUUAGUUUAAUACCUACGAAGACGUACCAAAUCAGCUUUGACGUGGAACUGACACCUUGUGCAUUUGGUUGGAGAGACAUACAAGCUUUCUUGAUGGCCAAGGUAGGGAAAAGGGGCAAGUACAAAUGGACCAAAGUUAAAGUAGUGCAGGAUCCAAAUGUAGGCAGAUUCACAAUUCCUGACAAAACCAGCCCGCCAUUGAGAAUUGAAGUUCUGCCCGCUAGUGUCGAUAACAUGCUUCACUUUGGUCUGUAUGAAGUCUGGAGUGAAAAAUGGAAGGGGGGCUUGAAAAUUCAUCAAGCAAAUGUGACAGAAGUAACUUCGACCUUAGCUUAAAUUAAUCCGCAGUUCACAUGAGCCAGUUACAGAAAUACAUGUAUGUGUAUACGUACACCAAGUAUAUAUAUGCGCGGUUUUAGCUCCAAAUUUUCAAUGGAUGCACCACACCAGCAACUCAGCAAGAAUUGGAGGAAGGGGAACUAAAACACUCAGAACUCAGAAGGCCGAAUUUCCAUCAAGACAACCAAUCCCUGCUCGCGGAAUUUAAACAUAUAGCGGACUCAUAUAUAGGUUACCGGAACUACUGAUGCAGGAAGCAGGCCUUGAAGAAAACAAGUUGAAACCAUUAAUAUGCUUUGGAAUAACAAAGGUUUUGUAUUUUAAUUAUUUGGGAAUUUGUUAAGUUAUUUUGAAAGUUGUAAGGGUGUUAUAGAAACUUGAGGUCAAUUAAUUUGUAAACCCUUAUAAAUA